AUGGACGCUUAUUCGCUGCAUCUAGCAAUGGCGGCACUAUUCGGAGCGUCGUUCGUGGCUGUCUCGGCGUACUAUAUGCACAGGAAAACCCUAAACCAGUUGCUUGAGUUUGCUAAGGCGAUAGAAAGUGGCAGAGAGGACGCGGCGGCGGGGGAGGACGGCGGUGGUGCGGCGGAGCUCGUGAAGGAGUAUCCUACCAGGCGGAGGAGGAAGGGGGAUGGAGGGUACUACCGCCGCGGUUCGGCGUCUUUGCCGGACGUGACGACGUUUUCCGGCGGCGGGGUGGGUGAGGUGGACGAGAAAAGGAAUGGUCCGGUGCACGUGGAUGGUAUUCCGUUCGGGUUGCCGAGGCUUCGCACGCUCUCUGAAGGGAACUCUGGUAAUGCGAGUUCAACAAACAGAGUUGGACAUACCCCUAAAUCUCCUGUUGCCAGUGCAUUUGAAAGUGUAGAAGGUUCAGAUGACGAAGAAAUUAUGACUGAUAGUGCUAAGCUAGACACUACAUAUCUUCAUGCUAAUGGAAAUACAAAUGUAUCUGAGCCUAUAAAUGCAAAUGGUGAAGCAAUUGCCGUUGCUGCAAGCAUGAUUCGUUCUCAUAGUGUAUCUGGUGACCUGCAUGGAGUUCAACCUGAUCCUGUAGCUGCUGAUAUUCUAAGGAAAGAACCAGAGCAAGAGACUUUUGUGCGAUUGAGAAUUUCGCCUACUGAGAUGCCGUCUCUGGAUGAAGCGGAGGUCUAUCGUACAUUGCAAGAUUGCCUAGAAUUGCGACAAUGUUAUGUCUUUAAAGAAGCUGUUGCUCCAUGGGAGAAGGAAAUUAUAUCUGAUCCUAGUACUCCAAAGCCGAUCGAGAAUCCAUUUAAUCAUACUCCUGUGGGGAAGUCGGAUCACUACUUUCAAAUGGAAGAUGGGGUGGUUCAUGUUUACGCGAAUAAAGAUUCAAAAGAGAAACUUUUUCCUGUGGCUGAUGCCACAACAUUUUUCACCGACCUGCAUCAUAUUCUUAAAGUCAUAGCAGCUGGUAAUAUCCGAACUUUAUGCCACCACAGGCUGGUUCUUCUAGAACAGAAAUUCAACCUUCAUCUGAUGCUUAAUGCGGACAGAGAGUUUUUGGCUCAGAAAAGUGCACCGCAUAGAGAUUUUUAUAAUGUUAGGAAAGUUGACACACAUGUUCAUCACUCUGCCUGCAUGAAUCAGAAGCACCUUCUAAGGUUUAUAAAGUCGAAGUUGAGGAAGGAACCAGAUGAGGUUGUUAUAUUCCGAGAUGGGACAUAUCUGACCUUAAAAGAAGUGUUUGAGAGCUUGGACUUAACUGGGUAUGACCUCAAUGUUGAUCUUCUGGAUGUUCAUGCUGAUAAAAGCACCUUUCAUCGCUUUGACAAGUUCAAUUUGAAGUACAAUCCCUGUGGUCAGAGUAGAUUGAGAGAAAUAUUUUUAAAACAAGAUAAUCUCAUACAAGGUCGUUUUCUUGCUGAAUUAACUAAGCAAGUGUUUACAGAUCUGGAAGCAAGUAAAUAUCAAAUGGCUGAGUAUCGAAUUUCAAUAUAUGGCAGAAAGAUGAGUGAGUGGGACCAGCUUGCAAGUUGGAUUGUAAAUAAUGACUUAUACAGUGAGAAUGUUGUAUGGCUAAUUCAGCUUCCAAGACUCUACAAUAUAUACAAGGAGAUGGGAAUCGUGACCUCAUUUCAGAACAUCCUCGAUAACAUCUUUCUGCCAUUAUUUGAAGUUACUGUUGAUCCAGAUUCACAUCCACAGUUGCAUGUUUUCCUCAAGCAGGUUGUUGGACUGGAUCUUGUGGAUGAUGAAAGCAAGCCAGAAAGGCGGCCUACAAAACACAUGCCUACUCCAACUCAAUGGACCAAUAUAUUCAAUCCUGCAUUUUCGUAUUAUGCGUACUACUGUUAUGCUAACCUUUACACACUGAACAAGCUUCGCGAAUCUAAAGGUAUGACAACUAUCAAGUUUCGACCUCAUUCUGGAGAGGCUGGUGAUAUUGACCAUCUUGCUGCAACAUUUCUCCUUGCACACAAUAUUGCACACGGGAUUAAUCUAAGGAAAUCUCCCGUGCUUCAGUACUUAUACUACCUAGCCCAGAUUGGUCUUGCCAUGUCUCCUUUGAGCAACAACUCUUUAUUCCUGGACUACCAUCGUAAUCCUUUCCCUAUGUUUUUCCUUCGGGGGCUCAAUGUAUCCCUAUCAACUGAUGACCCGCUACAAAUUCACUUGACUAAAGAACCUCUGGUAGAAGAAUACAGUAUAGCGGCCUCUGUAUGGAAGUUAAGUUCGUGUGAUUUAUGUGAGAUUGCUCGUAACUCGGUGUAUCAAUCGGGAUUCUCUCAUGCGUUAAAGUCACACUGGAUAGGAAAGGAGUACUUCAGGCAUGGUCCUGAUGGAAAUGACAUUCAUAAGACAAAUGUACCUCAUAUUAGACUCGAAUUUCGCGACAUGAUAUGGAGGGAGGAGAUGCAGUUGGUAUACUUGGGAAAGGCAGAUCUUCCCAGGUUUAUGGAUCCCUGA